GAGAGAGAAGGAGCGACCUAGAGAGAGAAAGGGCGAGCGAGAGAGAGAGAGAGAGAGAGAGAGAGAGAGAGAGAGAGAGGGGAGAGAUGAAGGUGAUCGAGAAGAUCCGAUCGGCGGAGGAGGAGGGGAGAACGGUGUUCUCCUUCGAGUUUUUCCCCCCGAAGACGGAUGAUGGGGUCGAGAACCUCUUCGAGCGCAUGGAUCGCAUGGUGUCGCACAAUCCCACCUUCUGCGACAUCACCUGGGGCGCCGGGGGUUCCACCGCCGAUCUCACCCUCAGCAUCGCCAAUCGGAUGCAGAACAUGGUCUGUGUGGAAACAAUGAUGCACUUGACUUGCACCAAUAUGCCGGUGGAGAAGAUCGACCAUGCUUUGGAUACAAUUAAGGCCAACGGAAUUCAAAAUGUUCUGGCACUUAGAGGAGAUCCUCCUCAUGGUCAGGAUAAGUUUGUCCAAGUUGCUGGUGGAUUUGCUUGUGCCCUUGAUUUGGUGCAGCAUAUCCGUACCCAGUAUGGUGACUAUUUCGGCAUAACUGUUGCCGGUUAUCCAGAGGCGCACCCUGACGUGAUACAAGGAGAGGGAGGUGCUACAUUGGAAGCCUAUAGCAAUGACCUAGCUUACUUGAAGAGAAAGGUUGAUGCUGGUGCUGACCUUAUUGUCACUCAGUUGUUUUAUGAUACUGAUAUCUUUUUCAAGUUUGUCAAUGACUGCCGUCAGAUUGGGAUUACAUGCCCAAUUGUUCCUGGCAUUAUGCCGAUUAACAACUACAAGGGUUUCUUGCGUAUGACUGGAUUCUGCAAAACUAAGGUUCCAUCAGAGAUUACUGCCGCACUAGAGCCUAUUAAGGACAACGAAGAGGCUGUGAGGGCUUAUGGAAUCCACCUUGGAACUGAAAUGUGCAAAAAAAUUUUAGCUAAUGGGAUCAAAACAUUGCAUCUUUAUACUCUAAACAUGGAGAAGUCUGCAUUAGCCAUACUAAUGAAUCUUGGGCUUAUUGAGGAAUCCAGGAUUGUAAGGUCGUUGCCGUGGAGACGCCCAACAAAUGUUUAUCGUGCUAAAGAAGAUGUCCGGCCUAUCUUCUGGGCUAAUCGUCCAAAAAGCUACAUUGCAAGGACUCUUGGUUGGGACCAAUAUCCACAGGGUCGGUGGGGUGAUUCUCGUAACCCAUCAUAUGGAGCGCUUACUGACCACCAGUUCAUGAGACCACGUUCGCGCGACAAGAAGCUGCAGGAGGAAUGGGCUGUACCAUUAAAAUCUAUUGAUGAUAUAAAUGAGAGGUUUAUGAACUACUGCCUUGGGAAGUUCAAAAGUAGCCCGUGGUCUGAGUUGGACGGUCUUCAGCCAGAGACAAAGAUAAUUGAUGAGCAUCUUGGGCAGAUUAAUUUGAACGGUUUCCUUACUAUCAAUAGCCAACCUGCUGUAAAUGGAGAGAAAUCAGAGUCCCACACCGUUGGAUGGGGCGGAGCAGGGGGUUAUGUCUAUCAGAAGGCUUAUGUCGAAUUCUUCUGCUCCGCAAAGAAGCUGUGUUCGCUUGUCGAGAAGUGCAAAGCAUUGCCUUCUAUCACAUACAUUGGCGUGAACAAGGAGGGAGAGUGUGUGACCAAUGUGGGCUUCAGUACUGUGAAUGCGGUGACUUGGGGUGUUUUCCCUGCAAAGGAGAUAAUCCAGCCUACUGUUGUGGACCAUGCGAGCUUUAUGGUUUGGAAAGAUGAGGCCUUUGAGAUCUGGACCAGGGGGUGGGCCUGCCUGUUCCCCGAGGGCGACCCCUCUAGGGAGUUGCUGGAGCAGGUCCAGCGAAGUUACUACUUAGUUUGCCUUGUUGACAACGAUUACAUUCAUGGGGAUAUCUUUGCUGUAUUUAAGAACUUAUAAAUUAUUUUUUUAACAAAAAGGUCCUUACCAGCCUCCACCAGCUGCUAUUUUUUUUUUCUACUUUUUUCUUGCACGUGAUUUAUCUUUUAUGCUUCACAAUUGUAGAUCAAGCUAAGAUUUGAUGCUACAUGCCUCUCGGCUCUGUCAUCUAUUUUUCAGGUGGUUGAAUUUGAUUUCGCAAGGUUUUCUAAGUCUUCAUUCAAUAAAAUGGAAUGAAUUAGUUUCUGCUUUUGCAUGGGGAUUUUCUCUUUUGGUCUCUUUUGUUGUAAUCAUGUUUGUGUUUGGAGCAGAAUAUAUAUUCAUCAGCAAAACACGUCGCUACUGAGUAGAAUCAUUUUUCUGAUCUGGUGGUUGUACGGUAAAUAAAAAUGUUUGGUGCUGUUA